AUGUGUCCUACAACGAGUUCUCGUGCUUGGAAAGAUAACCACCCCUGUCCAGAGGCCAAUCAACCACCGAUCAUGCCAGACUUCUGGUAUUCGACUUAUAAAGAAUUUCUCAAUCCAUUGCAUGUGAACCCAAACAUCUCCGAGUACGACAUUGAUGACAAUAAGCCCACUCUAGAUUCAAGCCGGUUUAAUUUCGUAGAAGGUGGAGUUGGUACUACAGGACAAGGAGUACUACCUGAAGGCGACGGAUCAUCAGGAUCCACGAUCCACGCCCCAAUGGCUAUGACGAAAGGAUAUAAAAAGGGCCAAACUAUUCCUGUGAUUGACAAAAAAUGGUCGGAGCAAAGCGUCACGCAUUCUGCACUCCAAACUAGCCCCCGAAAACAUGCUAAAAAGGAUUUUAGUUUGAGUGGUAUCCAACUAGAUAAUCGAGGAAUGAUAAUAGCCCUGUUAUUAGAAAAUGAUCCUAAUUUGGCUCCUGCUGGCUACAGGUUUGGUCCAGGCCAAGCUACAACCUGGAGAUUUGGCAUCGAUCAUCGAUCUUACGACCACAAUACGAGCGACAUGACCACCUCAAUACUAAAGAUAGACUAA